CACAGCGGCGGCGGCGGCAGCGCUCGAGCGCAGGAGGAAAGUCUCACGCCUCUCCUAGUCUGUGUAACCGACCACAUACACUCUUCAUUACAGGAAGAAAGAAGCGCCAAACUCUGGAAUUGGAGCCUUUUCCUCGUUUUUAAGCGAAGUAGGAUACGUACAGUAAGACUUUGCCAGUGUAGCAGGAUCAAACCCACGGACAGCCAGAGUGCGAUCACCUGAGAGGCCAUUCCUCUCUUAUACUCCAUCACUCCAUCAAGAAGAGAAAUGAUGCUCACAAUCAUAUGAAAUGAUGUCUCUGUUUAUCAUGCUUGCUCUUCUUGUGAAUUUCAUUACCAUUUCACAAGGUCUUGCUGCUUUGAGUCCUUCUGAUGGCAGGGGAGGUGUUUAUGAAGACCUGAAGUGGAAGGCUCUGCUAUGUUGUGAGCUGCCCUUUGCUCAGACACUUGACGAUGGUCUUUCAGAACACCCACCUGUAGGACAGUUUCAGCUACUAAAUGCUACAAAACCAGAAUUCUCAAGUAAAUCACCCACCCUUUCUGGAAACUGUUUGGACAUCCUGUGCUGGCUUGAAGGUGAACGGACAAAUUUGAUUUGUAAUGCAAAGAGCCACAGAGCAGCAGCCGCUGCAAGUCUGCUCACCGUUACACCUCAAUUAGUUGUACAGAUGAAUGUACUUUCAGAUGAAGCAAACCACGCUGCUCAGUGUGCCGGGGAAGAUACUGCCAUGUGCUCCAUUUCUCUUCAUGGCAAUGAUGCAACUGUCUCAUUGAACAUCAGUAUAUCUUUAAAUGGGAGUACUGCACUGUCACCCAAGAUGCAAGUCAGCACACAUCAUCUGCGAAGACCAGAGCCACCUGUCAAUCUGCAUUACGAUGUGACGACUGAAGGCGAAGUAAUAUUCAGAUGGAGUGAUGCACAACCUAACAGUGAUGCCAUAAACUUUGAGAUCCGAUAUGCAUCCAAUUCCUCACUUCAGCAGUGGGAGGUGGUGAGGGUCGAAGGUCGUUCCUGGGUCUCUCUGAAUGAGCUGAGUUCUGGGAUCAGAUACAUGGUCCAAGUGCGCUGCCAAAGCCAUAUCAACUACUGGAGUGAAUGGAGCCAACCCUUCUAUGUCACACUGGAUAUCAGUUACAUCCCUGCUGAAAUCUUCACGACACCAGGGUCCCAGGUAACGGUUUAUGCCGUCUUCCACAACCGCAGCUGGAGUGCUAGUAAAGCUGUGUGGAUGCUUAACGGGCAGGUGAAGAUUCCGGAAAGCCAGUACAGGGUAAUCAACGAGCAGGUUAGCGCAGUCACUGUGACGGUAGAUGAACCAGGGUUUGAUACUCUGAUGUGCUGCCAUCAGUGGGGAGAGAGGUUCAAGUGCAUCAUCGCCUAUGCCAAAAUAUACACCGAAGGGAUGUUUAAUGCAGAUUUUACCUGCCAGAGCAAGAAUUCAGAGGUGGACACCAUGAGCUGUGAGUGGAAUAAGAGCGCUUGGGCACAAGUCAGACUACUUUACAGACAAUAUACAUCAAUGUGUGAGACCAUAUCAGAGAUGGAGGGCAGCGAAGAAGCUGAAGAAAACAUGGAGUGUCCAUCUGGAGCAGGAGACCACAGAGAGUGCACUUUAAGAAAUCUUAGUCUGUUCUCCUGCUACAAAAUCUGGUUGGAAGUGGAAGGAGGGCGUGGAAAAGUGAGGUCAUUUCCUGUCUAUGUUGCACCCAUUGACUAUGGUUACAACAGGAAAGCUCCAGAGAUGGGACCAGACUUCUGGCGUGCUAUACAAGAGGAUCCUGUUAGGAGUGUGACAAACGUCACACUUAUUAUUAAGCAGCCUGUCCUAGCAGGAGAUCCAUAUAGUUGUGUGGAGGGUCUGGUGAUUGAACACCAGGCCUCAGGCAGAGCCGUGUGGUCAAAUGAAACAACAUUGGCUCAGUUUUACUCAUUCCCGUGGAGGAAGGAAGCGCACACAGUCACCGUAAUGUCUCACAAUGCUUUGGGCAUCUCUACACGGAAUCGAAACAUGAUGUUGUUGCAUCAACCCAAACGACGAUGUGUACAUUCAUUCAGCGCAGUUGCAAAUUCUAGCUGUGUGUAUCUUUCCUGGAGCCUGUUAUCUGAUCAUUCAGUGCCUCAGUCAUUUGUCAUCGAAUGGCUAGACCUAAAAAAAGACCCUGAACAAGACGUGUCUUUGACUGAGAGGCUGCAGUGGGUCAGAGUUCAGUCCGCAUCAAGAGAUCUCUCCCUUUGCCGUCGUUUUUAUGGCUCAGAAGAGUUCACCUUGUAUCCAGUGUUUGUGGAUGGUGAAGGGGAGCCGGUGCGAUGCACUGCUACUAGGGGCGACCCUGCAGCAUACAUACUCCUACUGAUCAUUGCGUUCCUGUCAGUGGUGCUGUUUGUCACUCUUCUGAUGUCUCAAAACCAGAUGAGAAAACUCAUGUGGAAGGACGUUCCAAACCCUAACAACUGCUCCUGGGCCAAAGGAAUAGACUUCAGGCAGAUUGACACCAUAGAGAACCUGUUCCCUCACUCAGAGGGUCUCACUGCCUGUCCACUGCUGCUGGUCUCUGAGAGCAUCUGUGAGGUGGAAAUCAUCGAGAAAACUCAUCCUGUUACACUUGAACAUGAAAAAGACAAUGAAGUACCCAUUUAUAACUCUGGAGACAAAACAACUACCGAUUCUGCCCUUCUAGCAGACUCCUCUGAACCUCUGUCUCUGGAGGCUUCCACUGCUGCUGCUACUCCAGAAACAUCAGGCCAGUCCUCAGUGACGUACUCGACCGUUCUCCUCUCCCAUCAGCCCAGUCUCCAUCGAAAGCAGCAGGAGAGUCUGAGCAGCUCUAGUGACGAAGGCAACUUCUCUGCCAACAACUCAGACAUUUCUGGCUCUUUCCCUGGAGGACUCUGGGACCUGGAGAACCAUGUGUGCUCUGACAGUGCCAAUCCCCGCCAUUCCAGCUCCUAUAACUCCGUGGAAGAGUUCUCGGAAACAUCAGAUCAAGAUUAUGAAGCAUCAGAAAGCACAGGUGUAGCCAAAGACCUCUACUACCUCGAGGUGAACGAAGAGACUGCUGCUGCUACUCCAGAAACAUCAGGCCAGUCCUCAGUGACGUACUCGACCGUUCUCCUCUCCCAUCAGCCCAGUCUCCAUCGAAAGCAGCAGGAGAGUCUGAGCAGCUCUAGUGACGAAGGCAACUUCUCUGCCAACAACUCAGACAUUUCUGGCUCUUUCCCUGGAGGACUCUGGGACCUGGAGAACCAUGUGUGCUCUGACAGUGCCAAUCCCCGCCAUUCCAGCUCCUAUAACUCCGUGGAAGAGUUCUCGGAAACAUCAGAUCAAGAUUAUGAAGCAUCAGAAAGCACAGGUGUAGCCAAAGACCUCUACUACCUCGAGGUGAAUGAAGAGGAGGAAGAAGAUGAAGAGGAGAUUGAGGAAACACAGAGUGAACAGGAAAAGUAUGAAAUGGUUAUGAAGGUGCACGCCAGGCCUCUUCUAGAAGGCAAAAAUUCCACAGCCGUCGCUUCCAGUGUAUCUCACAGCAUUCCUCUUUAUCUGCCUCAGUUUCGGACUGAAUGCAUUAAUCCACCCUGAAAUAAUAACAACAGCACCACUUGGUGGUAACAUGGGAUAAUGUUUUUCUUCAUUGGAUGGAGGUCCGCAAACCUUUAGGGCAUUUUCCAUUAGGGCUGCACAAUUUGAGAAAAAAAAAGACGUUUUUUAAAA